UAAUCGCCGCUUCAUCCAUACCGAGAACAUGUUUAUCGUUGUAAAUACCAAGUUUACGCAGCAGUGUUAAUUUCAAUUCAACGUUUCAAUUAUUCUACGAUUUUGUUAAUAAUUCAUAUUAUUUUCGAUAUACGUGCAUUUUGUAUCAAUUUAUUCCGAAUUGUUCAACACUUGAUCGAUCGAUUGAUCCGGAGUCCAAGCAGAUUGUUGAAUUCAAAUCACCGAAAAUGGCGAAUCGUUUCAAGCCAUCCAUACCAGCGAAGGGAGAAACGAAGGAUGAGAUUACGACGAUCAAAUGUGCGCUGAAGACAAUCAUUCGCCCACAAUUCCAGCAAGCAUUGAUGAGCAAAAUAACGGACCUGAGUUUGCAAGCCACUUCAAUUUGCUUUUUGGGCUCAUUACUGUUCUUGUUCGAGGUGCAAAAGGCGUACGAACAUAGGCAUUGAGAAUAAUGAUUUCGCAUUCUUUGGUGGAAGUGGAGAAAAAAAGAUCCGACUCUGCUUUCACCAAGUGCUAUGGCAUAACAAUCAGACACCGAAACCGAAGAAGUCGACGUACAAACCCACAGGAAAAAAGCCACGAGGACCACGACCAGAGCUGCCACGUAUCGACCCUGAAUUCAAAGCAAUUUUCGAAGGUCUUGACGACUAUCAUCGUAUCGAUUGGCCCAACAACAAGGAUUUCAGCAAUGGCCUAUGGCAUUUGACCAAUCAAUACAUAGACAACGUCGUCACCAACUCAACAACGCAUCCUGACAAACACAUCACCCAGUACUUGAGACUAAAAGUGUUCGAAUUGAACACAGACGGAGAAGAGGACGCAGAGAAAUUUUUGCAAAGUGACAUCGAAAGUGUUGUAAAACUGAUCAUCAAAGAGAAAAACAUCAGAGUGCCAAUUCACGAUCCAAACAAACUCGAACGGUGUGGCAUGUUGUAUGACAUGGUGAACGACCUGAAUGUGUUUCCAGAAAUCGAUCUGCAUGACCUCACAACUGACAAAAAACAUUGGUUUAAGGCCAUGCCAAUGUUCCUAUCUAUGCAACGCGAGAUAGAAGAGUACAACUUGGAGUGGCCAUAUCAGCACCGAUCCAAACGAAACAAAAGAAAGCGCAAAAAGUCAAAGCGUCGCCCCAAGCGCAAACAAAUGCUCGACGAUCCAAACUUUCGGCCAUUCAUCCGGAAUUUAGUAGUUGUGCCGAUGUGAAUGGAAUCAGUAUUUCUAUAUGCGGAAAAUUCGACGAUUCGUGCGCGGAAAAAAGAAGUUUGAUUUUUCCAUAAACACCGAUGGAAUCGCUGUGUCUCUGCAAUACUCGGCCAAAAAGAAGACGAAUAACACAGAAUACGACCGUUCUCGCAUCGUUGAAAUGAUUUUGGAUGGCAAAUUCGAAAAUUUUGCAGGCGUUGAUACAGGCUUGAAAAGUUGGAACACCACAGUGACACACAACAUUAUAACUGGCACCGAAACCAACUUCGUAAUGUCGAGUAAGCAGUUUCACUGGCAAACAGGCCAAAACGUGCGAAAUGCCAAAGCAAAGCGUUGGACCAAAAAGUUUGCCGAAGAGGAGCGCCGAGACAGAGAAAACCGUGAGCUGUACCCGGUGAUGCCAUCACCAAAAGGGUCACAUUGGCUGGACUACAUCAAGCACCGUGUCAAGAUGAUGAAGCAUGGAAUCUGCGCUUACUCGACUGCCAAGUACACUCGACUCGCCUUGGACAAACACAUCAAAAGCAGUAGUGUUGUCGACAAUUGGGUGGAAAAGGUUACCGAUAAGCAGCCGACAUUGUUUCUUUUUGGUGCUGAUGGGGAAGUACCACCUGACAGCCGAAUAAGUAUCAAAAAGCACGUGCGGUGUCCAGGGGUUCGUUUGACUUUGAGGUCAAUAAAGAAACGUCGAGAUUGUGCCAUAGAGCUGGUGGACGAAUGGGGAUCAUCUCAAACAGACGCAAGAUGUAUGAAGCGAUUCCAAAACCAGCCCAAAUCGGCCAGAUUCAAGAAAUGCCGGUGCAUACCCGACGCCAGAACAUUGCUGCCAAUUAAAAUUGUGUCAAAGUUGGGCAAGAAGGAUCUAUCGGAAUUUCGAUUGUUGCAACGCGCCAUGAACGAAGCAUUGGAAGAAAACGAGCCUUUAUUGUCAAAAGUAAAAAGUUACUAUAAAAACUGGCAAUUAAACCUCGAAUGUUCUGUGACUUGGCAUCGUGACGUCGUGGCUGCUUAGAACAUUCUGCUGAAAGGACUAUGGACAUUGCUAGGACUUCCGAUACCGGAUGCGAUCAAUA